UGUCAGUGUGCUGUGAAAACAACCAUCAAAUAAACAAAAUUUGACGUAAUCAAAAAAACCUUUUGACUUUUAACGCACGCACAAUGACCACAAAUCAAAAGUAUUAAUGAAAUGUAAUAAACUCGGAAAACUGGGGUUUCACAAGCAGAUCACUGAGAAGAUGACCAAGGCGCGUUCGAAGAGCCGCGCGGAUACUCGUAGCGAGAGUCUACCCGCGCUGAAACGCGAUGGCAAGAGUUCUUUGGGGCAAAGAACGGGUCGGAUCACCAGAAACCCGUUCUUAAACUUUUUGAGGGACAUGCGAAAAAAUGCACAAGGUAUGAGCCCCAUGGAACUCUCGAUGAAAGGGGCGGAGAUAUGGCGUGGCAUGACCAAAAGCCAGAAGGAACCCUACUGUCAGUUGGCGCGUCAAGCUGCUAGAAGGAGACGUAGACGCUCGAGGAGGCGCAGGCGUCAUCGUCGUCGUAGUCGUACUGUGUCUUCUGAGCGAGACGACGAGGCUCCAAGGAGUAUCGGAGAGGUAAAGUUCACGGAAGCGAGGAGACGCCGUAGGAGAUCCAAGAGCCGCAGGUCUAGGAGGAGGAGGAGGAGGCGUUAGUGAAGCCUUUGUGUUGUAGUUUAAAUUUUUAGUGUAUGUCGGUUUUUUGGUUAUUUUGUCAAAUUUUUUGUGAAUAUAUUUUUCGGUAUGACGGCCAA